AUGAGGGGUAUCUCAGAGCUCUCAAAGUCUCUUAGCAGAGCUUCCUCUGUCAACGCAGCGCCCCGGCCCACUAUCCUCACGGAAAAGAACGGAGAUGAUGCAAAUCCAACCACCGAGUCUCAACAACAGACUCCAAAGGCAGAGAAAGUUCCAACGCCGUCCCGCUCUGCGGAUAAUCUCUUUGCCAUGGUCGACGCUCUUGCUAGAGCUCCCAGUCAGGAUAUUUCGCGUCCAUUCGACUCUAUCCCACCUCCUCGCGCGUCGGAAUCAAAGUCGUGGUCCAAAGGCACAAAGAAGCGUCGCUCUGUAGUCUCUACGCUUCCUCCCACCGUGGAUACUCUGGGCGAGUCUCUGACGCCAUUUAGUGACGGUUUCAAAUUGUUUGUACAAGAGCCCGUUCCCAAGCGACCAGGAUCGCCGUCAACGAGCGUCAUCCCGUCGUUGGUUUCAAACACCACGCUUGACGAUCCCGAAGUACCUUCGAACAUGCUCGCCAGUCUGAGCGUUUCAGAGCCCGCCGUUCCUUCAGCAACUAUUACUCCAAAGAAAACAGAGGAACCAACAGCUACCCCACAAUCACCUCCACCGACCAAGGACGGCUUUUUCAAGGGUCUCCUUCGCGCCGUGCAGAUCAAGAAGCGAGUAACUUCAUACUGGCAACCAAAUCAAACGGUCAAAUCUCAGGAGAGCUUUCAAGAAAAGCCUUCUACCGCAAACCCCCCCGUGGCGGGGACGUCACCCAAACCGAGUGCCGAUGUUGCCAAUGGCGUCUCGUCCUCAAUGAAGGGAUAUGAAGAGAAGAAUAGCAGUAACUCUUCGCUGGGGCGUGGGUUUGGCUCGUUCCGACGCCUUGGUCGACGCUCAAGGGAUCUCAAGGAGCCCAGCACGUCUCUGGCUUCUCCUCUCUCGGCCAAGUUUCCUAAUAUGGACAAGGAAACGAACGCUGCUAAUGCCACUAGCACUCCGGCAGCACCUAUCGCGGAGCGCAAGAGCGCAGAGGGCGAUUCGGAGGCUCCGUUACAGCCGCCACCCACCAUUGUCAAGACGUCGGAGGAUGGCAGGUCGUCACCAAGGUACUCUCACGGUGUCUUGCUUCAUCCUAUUAAAGAGGACGAAAGGACAGAGGAGGCCAAGUGA